AUGCUGACCAGCAAGGGGCAGGGAUUCCUUCAUGGGGGCUUGUGUCUCUGGCUGUGUGUGUUCACACCUUUCUUUAAAGGCUGUGUGGGCUGUGCAACUGAGGAGAGGCUCUUCCACAAACUGUUUUCUCAUUACAACCAGUUCAUCAGGCCUGUGGAAAACGUUUCCGACCCUGUCACGGUACACUUUGAAGUGGCCAUCACCCAGCUGGCCAACGUGGAUGAAGUAAACCAGAUCAUGGAAACCAAUUUGUGGCUGCGUCACAUCUGGAAUGAUUAUAAAUUGCGCUGGGAUCCAAUGGAAUAUGAUGGCAUUGAGACUCUUCGCGUUCCUGUAGAUAAGAUUUGGAAGCCCGACAUUGUUCUCUAUAACAAUGCUGUUGGUGACUUCCAAGUAGAAGGCAAAACAAAAGCUCUUCUUAAAUACAAUGGCAUGAUAACCUGGACUCCACCAGCUAUUUUUAAGAGUUCCUGCCCUAUGGAUAUCACCUUUUUCCCUUUUGAUCAUCAAAACUGUUCCCUAAAAUUUGGUUCCUGGACGUAUGACAAAGCUGAAAUUGAUCUUCUAAUCAUUGGAUCAAAAGUGGAUAUGAAUGAUUUUUGGGAAAACAGUGAAUGGGAAAUCAUUGAUGCUUCUGGCUACAAACAUGACAUCAAAUACAACUGUUGUGAAGAGAUAUACACAGAUAUAACCUAUUCUUUCUACAUUAGAAGAUUGCCAAUGUUUUACACGAUUAAUCUGAUCAUCCCUUGUCUCUUUAUUUCAUUUCUAACCGUGUUGGUCUUUUACCUUCCUUCGGACUGUGGUGAAAAAGUGACGCUUUGUAUUUCAGUCCUGCUUUCUCUGACUGUGUUUUUGCUGGUCAUCACGGAAACCAUCCCAUCCACAUCUCUGGUGGUCCCACUGGUGGGUGAGUACCUGCUGUUCACCAUGAUCUUUGUCACACUGUCCAUCGUGGUGACUGUGUUUGUGUUGAACAUACACUACCGCACCCCAACCACGCACACAAUGCCCAGGUGGGUGAAGACAGUUUUCCUGAAGCUGCUGCCCCAGGUCCUGCUGAUGAGAUGGCCUCUGGACAAGACAAGGGGCACAGGCUCUGAUGCAGUGCCCAGAGGCCUUGCCAGGAGGCCUGCCAAAGGCAAGCUUGCAAGCCAUGGGGAACCCAGACAUCUUAAAGAAUGCUUCCAUUGUCACAAAUCAAAUGAGCUUGCCACAAGCAAGAGAAGAUUAAGUCAUCAGCCAUUACAGUGGGUGGUGGAAAAUUCGGAGCACUCGCCUGAAGUUGAAGAUGUGAUUAACAGUGUUCAGUUCAUAGCAGAAAACAUGAAGAGCCACAAUGAAACCAAGGAGGUAGAAGAUGACUGGAAAUACGUGGCCAUGGUGGUGGACAGAGUAUUUCUUUGGGUAUUUAUAAUUGUCUGUGUAUUUGGAACUGCAGGGCUAUUUCUACAGCCACUACUUGGGAACACAGGAAAAUCUUAA